AUGGCAAUGGCAAGCUGGGAUCCUCUGAGACCCAGAUAUGAGCCCGGGUUAGGAGUAAACCCUGUUAGAGCAAUUUUCAACAGAGGGACGAGGAAGAACAAAGAAGAAAACUCAGAAGGACAAGAGGUGGAAGAAAGAGCGCGUGGAGAACAUGACCACAAUACAGAGAGUGAAAGCAGGCAUUCAGAAAAUAACAGAGUAGGUGAAUCCAAAAGUAAACAUCAAGGGUCAGAGAAGGAGGGAUUUGCGGGAGAAAAGGAAACUGAAAGACUGAGAGUGAUGGGGGAAGAGAAGAAUGACGACGAAAUCCCUGAAAAAACGGGAAAAGAAAAAGGAGAGAGAAACGAGGAUAAUCAGAAUAGAGAAGGAGGAAAAUAUACUGACGAAAGAAAAGAUAAUGACAGAGAAAAAGACAUCAUAGAGGAACUUGGGAACCUUCUACAAAACCUAGUGGAAAAAGGAAGGACCAAGCGUAUGGGCCAACAUGAAACAAGCCCAAAACAAAAAGAGAAUGAAUAUCAAGAAAUGAGGAAUGAGAACCAGGUGGGCCUGCCCAUGAAGAAAAAACUUGGACAGCCAAAAAGAAAGUACAAACCACAAACCAAAAAACUCCAAGGAGGUUCAAAACAGCAACAGGGUGGACCUCUGUAA